CAGUCCCGGUUGCAAGGCUGUUGGUGAAGGCGUCUGCGUCUACGUUUCCGUACGGCUGGCCGCGCGGCCCUGGGUUGAUCUUGCCACUAUGAUGUAGGUCACUUGUGCCAUAAUGCAGUGAAGAGGCUAACUUGGAAAGCAGCAGUGAAAUGACUUCAGUUGAUUUGGAGAAGACUCUGUGGGCAUCAUUCAGGAUUCUGGUUGCCAGCUUUCUUAGCUGGCUACCCCAGUGUCGUUUGUUGAUAGUCUGUAGAGGAUGCCAAAUGAGAGAAUCCCCCACUCAAGUCAAACUCAGGAGCAAGACUGUUCACAGAGUCAGGAUAUCAGUGAGAGUGCAGAGGGGACAAUCAAGCAGGAAAACGAUGGCUACGUGGAGCUGGGGGAGAGCCUCCCCUCUUGUUUCCCUGCUAAUGGACCCUCCACUUCCGCCAAGGGGUAUCCCUCGGAACUUCCGAGGAGAGGGCCAGCCCUGCUGCACAUCGACAGACAUCAGAUCCAGGCGGUGGAGCCCAGUGCACAGGCCCUGGAGCUGCAGGGUUUGGGUGUGGACGUCUAUGACCAGGACGUGCUGGAGCAAGGGGUGCUUCAGCAGGUGGACAGCGCCAUCCACGAGGCCAGCUGCGUGGCCCAGCUUGCCGACGUGGAGAAGGAGUAUCGGUCAGUGCUGGACGACCUCACGUCAUGUACGACAUCCCUAAGGCAAAUCAAUAAAAUUAUUGAACAACUUAGCCCUCAAGCUGCCACCAACAAAGACAUCAACAGGAAACUAGAUUCUGUAAAACGACAGAAGUACAACAAGGAACAACAGCUGAAGAAGAUCACAGCAAAACAAAAACGUCUCCAGGCUAUCCUUCGGGGAGCAGAGGUGAAAGUUGAACUAGAUCAUGCCAGUCUGGAGGAGGAGGAUGCAGAAGCAGGGCCGUCCUGCCUCGGCAGCAUGCUCAUGCCUGCUCAGGAGACUGCUUGGGAAGAGCUCGUCCGCACUGGUCAGAUGACACCUUUUGGUACCCAGAUCCCUCAGAAGCAGGAGAAAAAGCCCAGAAAACUAAUGCUCAACGAAACAUCAGAUUUUGAAAAGUAUUUGGCAGAUCAAGCAAAACUGUCCUUUGAAAGAAAGAAGCAAGCUUGUAAUAAAAGAGCAACUAAAAAAGCCCCGGCCUUGGUCACUUCUGAGCUGAGCUCAACACUCAAUGAAAACAAACCAGACAAGAGAGGCAAAGUUCUCUCGAAAACAGAUAAGCGCUUGAAAAAACACAUCAAGAAACUCCAGAAGAGGGCUCUUCAGUUCCAGGGGCAGGUGGGAUUGCUAAAGGGAAAGAAACCCUUGGAGUGUGAUGUGAGGCCAAAGGCAGAGGGAGACUCUGAGGGUGAAGAGUCCGAGUACCUGCCCACGGAGGAGGAGCUGGAGGAGGCGGCAGGGGCUGAUCUGUCCGGGGAAGGCACCGACUGUGAUCGGAGACUGGUGCUCCGUCGCCAGAAACGGCAGAAGAAAGUCACAGUGCAGGAGACGGAUGAUGACUUUUUUCCAAGUUCUGGGGAAGAAGCUGAAGCCGCAGGAGGAGGAGGAGGAGGUCGGAAAGAAGUGAGAUGCCGAGAUGAUGGAGAUGAAGAUUAUUAUAAGCAGCGGUUAAGGAGAUGGAAUAAACUGAGACUGCAGGACAAAGAGAAGAGUUUGAGGCUUGAAGAUGAUUCUGAGGAAAGUGAUGCCGAAUUUGACGAAGGUUUUAAAGUGCCGGGUUUUCUGUUCAAAAAGCUUUUUAAGUACCAGCAGACAGGUGUUAGGUGGCUGUGGGAAUUGCACUGCCAGCAGGCAGGAGGAAUUCUGGGAGACGAAAUGGGAUUGGGCAAGACCAUCCAGAUAAUUGCCUUCUUGGCAGGUCUGAGCUACAGCAAGAUCAGGACUCGUGGUUCAAAUUACAGGUUCGAGGGGUUGGGUCCGACUAUAAUUGUCUGUCCGACGACAGUGAUGCAUCAGUGGGUGAAGGAAUUUCACACGUGGUGGCCUCCAUUCAGAGUGGCAGUUCUGCACGAAACUGGGUCCUUUACCCACAAAAAGGAGAAACUAAUUCAAGAUAUUGCUCAUUGUCAUGGGAUCUUGAUCACUUCUUACUCCUACGUUCGACUGAUGCAAGAUGAUAUUAGCAGGCAUGACUGGCACUACGUGAUCUUGGACGAAGGACACAAAAUUCGGAAUCCAAAUGCUGCCAUCACUCUUGCUUGCAAACAGUUCCGCACCCCUCAUCGCAUCAUCCUGUCUGGCUCACCGAUGCAGAAUAACCUCCGUGAGCUGUGGUCACUCUUUGAUUUCAUCUUCCCGGGAAAGUUGGGCACGUUGCCUGUGUUUAUGGAGCAGUUCUCAGUCCCCAUCACCAUGGGGGGGUAUUCAAAUGCCUCCGCAGUACAGGUUAUACCUUUUUGGCAGGAGUAUCACAGAAGUGACCUGUCUUUCUCAGUCCUUUACUCGUAUCUGGAGGCACAUGCUGUUGCUUUGUCCCUUCAUCGGUGGUGGCCUGAUUACUGGGUUAAAACUGCUUAUAAGUGUGCAUGUGUUCUACGAGAUACCAUAAAUCCAUACCUACUGCGGAGAAUGAAGUCGGAUGUCAAAAUGAGCCUUUCUUUGCCAGAUAAAAACGAACAGGUCUUAUUUUGCCGUCUUACAGAUGAGCAACAUAAAGUCUACCAAAAUUUCAUUGAUUCCAAAGAAGUUUACAGAAUUCUCAAUGGAGAGAUGCAGAUUUUCUCUGGACUUGUAGCCCUAAGAAAAAUCUGCAACCACCCUGAUCUCUUUUCUGGAGGCCCCAAGAAUCUUAAAGGUAUCCCAGAUGAUGAACUAGGGGAAGAUCAGUUUGGACACUGGAAACGUUCUGGGAAAAUGAUCGUUGUUGAGUCCUUGUUGAAAAUAUGGCACAAGCAGGGCCAACGAGUAUUGCUGUUUUCUCAGUCCAGACAGAUGUUGGACAUAUUUGAAGUAUUCCUUAGGGCCCAAAAGUAUUCCUAUCUCAAGAUGGAUGGUACCACUGCGAUAGCUUCAAGACAACCACUGAUUACAAGAUACAAUGAGGACACAUCCAUAUUUGUGUUUCUUCUGACCACUCGGGUGGGUGGCCUAGGAGUCAACCUGACAGGGGCAAACCGAGUCAUCAUCUAUGACCCUGACUGGAACCCAAGCACAGACGUGCAGGCCCGGGAGCGAGCGUGGCGGAUAGGCCAGAAGAAACAGGUGACGGUGUACAGGCUUCUGACCGCAGGCACCAUCGAAGAGAAGAUUUACCACCGACAAAUCUUCAAGCAGUUUUUGACAAAUAGAGUGCUAAAAGAUCCAAAGCAAAGGCGAUUUUUCAAAUCCAAUGAUCUUUAUGAGCUGUUUACCCUGACUAGUCCUGAUACAUCCCAGAGCACUGAAACAAGUGCCAUUUUUGCAGGAACUGGUUCAGAUGUUCAGACACCCAAACGCCAUUUAAAAAGAAAACUUCAACUGGCUUUUGGAACAGACCAGAACAUUCCAGUAGGUAAAAAGUUCCCUGGUUCUAACACAUCUGCAAAUGUUGCCACGUCAUCUGAAGAGAAAUCUACAGCUAUAGGACCUGAAGUGAAUGCAGUAACUUCUAAUCUAGGUGAUCCUUUGAAAGAUGCCCCUCAAACAUCUUGUAGUCUAACUAACAGUGAGAGGCUUGGAGAAGAGACAGAUGCAGUGUCCAGACUGCAGGAUUCCUCAGUGAUUCAUGGAAACGGGGAAGGUUCAGAUUCUCCAAGAAUCAGCAAAAUGUACAGGAUGUCUGGUGAGGAAAGCAUCGAUGAAAAGGAGGGUCUUUCUGAUAAAAGAGAAAGCUUCCGGGUUCAAACAGAACCUCUUUGGGAGAAUGAGCAAACAGAAAAUAAUUUUUAUAAGCACAAGUCGAAAAUGAAACAUCAUGUGGCAGAAGAAAAGACCCUGGAGAAACAUCUGAGGCCGAAGCAAAAGCUUAAGAGCUCUAAGCACCGCAGAGACGCCAAGUUUGAGGGAACUCGAAUUCCACACCUGGUGAAGAAGAAGCAGUACCGGAGGCAAGAAAAUGAAAAUGAGAGCGAGCCCAAGGAACGCAGCCAUGACGACUACGUCCUGGAAAAGCUUUUCAGAAAAUCAGUGGGUGUGCACAGCAUCAUGAAGCAUGAUGCCAUCAUGGACGGAGCCAGUCCAGACUACGUGCUGGUGGAGGCGGAGGCCAACCGUGUGGCCCAGGAUGCCCUCAAAGCACUGAGACUCUCUCGGCAGCGGUGUCUGGGAGCAGCAUCUGGUGUUCCCACCUGGACCGGCCAUAGGGGUGUGGCUGGUGCACCAGCAGGAAGAAGGAGCAGAUUUGGUCAGAAAAGGAACUCCAGCUUCUCUGUGCAGCAUCCCUCUUCAGCGUCUCCAAAGGAGAAAUGCCAGGACAGCACUAUGAAAAAGGAUGGAAAAGAUAAUGUUUCAGAGCAUUUUAGUGGAAAAGUUGAAGAUGCAGAGCCUUCAUCCGGGGCCCUCACUUCGUCCUCACUGUUGGCUAAGAUGAGAGCUAGAAACCACCUAAUUUUGCCAGAGCGCUUAGAAGGUGAAAGUGGGUGCCUUCCAGAGGCUUCUGCUCCUCCGCCUUCCAGCAUGGAACACGAUGACCUUCUGGUGGAGAUGAGAAACUUCAUUGCCUUUCGGGCCCAAGUUGAUGGCCAGGCCAGCACUCGGGAGAUACUGCAGGAGUUUGAAUCCAAGUUAUCAGCAUCACAGUCUUGUGUCUUUCGAGAACUAUUGAGAAAUCUGUGCACUUUUCAUAGAACUUCAGGUGGUGAAGGAAUUUGGAAACUCAAGCCAGAAUACUGCUGACCAAGAUUACCUUCUGAACUUUAAAUUGACUUUUUCUAGUGGAAAUUUCUGAUUAUUAACCUUAUGAUUAAUAAUUGUAUGUUUUGUCGAUGGAAGUUGGCUGCAUUUGAUGUUUACUUUGAAUGAUAGCUACCUCAUAAUUAAAACUUUAAGGAGGAAGAAAUUCUUCUCCGAAACUUAAAAGUUUUAAAAAUACCUGUAUUUCUUUUUUUUUUUUUUUUUUUCCCAAAAUUAAUUAUGAAAUCAGGGACCUGUUAAUCCUUGGAACACAUUUGUUCUUUUACCCAGAAGAUGCUGUCAGGGGAUGCAUUACUACUCAUUUAGAAGUUUAUAGACCAGAACUCUCAAGAAUUCUUUUUAUUGGUGCUAAAAACAUGUCUUAUAUUCAGUUAGACCUGUUCAGUAAAUCAGUUCGUCAGUAUCUGAUAACAGAAUUGUUUUUGGUACCUAGCUUUUAAAUGUUUAAAUUGAUAUUUGCCACUCAAAAAAGAGAUCGGACUUGUUACCUUUUGAGUCUAAUUUAGUUGCCUUUAAACGAUCUUCUGUUAAGGUACCGUUAAAUUGACAGGUAUUUUUAUUAGUAAAGCAUGGAAUAGCUUGAUAAUAAAUGAUGAGACAUGUAUUUGCAGAAACUUGUAGUUUUCUCAGUUUACAGGGGCUUUAUUUUAAGCAAAGGGCACCUUUCCCCCCCCGCAUAGUGAAUAGCGGUUUUAGGAAAAUAUAUGUUAUCUUAAGAAAAAAAAAAUCAAGCAGAACCAAAAGUAGUUACAAAUAAAACCACCAACGCACACACACACGCACACGGACAUCGCUCCAGACCACACCUGGAUAUACCAUCGUCACCACAUAGUGAGCACCAUUCCAGCCCUCUCUCUGCUUACGUCCUGGGAGGGAACUUCGAACAUUUUUUACCUUAUUCAUUGUCUGUCUUUCUAAGGAUGCUGGUAACUUUAUAUCAGACAUCAUUGUUCUCCUUCUGUCCAGUCAUUUUCAUCUCUCUUUUCCCUUUCCGUUCACUGUGACUCUCCUGUUUUAGAGGUUUGGUUUUCAGCUGCAUCUGUUUCUGGCUGUUGUUUAUGUGUUUAGAGUUUUGUGAUGAUGUUGUUUUGAUCCUUAGUUUGUUUUCUUAGCCUUGUUUUUCUUUCCUUGUCACUGUUUUAUCAUCACAGCUCUGAAGUCCUGUUUUCUGAAGUUCACUGGAUUCCUUAAAUGUCUUCUAGAGCUGUCACGGUGCAAUUUGUUUGUUUCUUAGAGUUGUUUCCUCUGGCCUGCUGUUUUCACUCUUGCUGAUUUUUCUGUAUGGUGCUCUCCUUCCUCCCAUGCUGUUUCUUUACAUCUUGCUCAUGCUAACAUCAGGCAGCUGUGUCCAGAUCUCCUGUAUGCUCUUCCCUGCCACCCAGAGAGAAGGGGUGUGGGUUUGGAGGUCAGGGAGAGCCUCUGCUGGGCAGCAUGCAGCUUUUGGUUGGUGGACUCGGGUUUUACUUUUCUGUUCUGAGAUUUUGUUAAAUAGCUUGGGCCAUGAAUCCUUCCCCUUAAAUUAGGAGAUGUCAUUGUCAGAGUCAUAAUUCCCACCAGAAUUUUCUGCUUCUUUUUUUGGAUUCUGGCUUUUUUAUUUUUUUCUGUUUUUAAAGUGGUUCGGUAUUAGAGGAAGAAGAUUCUAUUAUUUUCUUCAUUCUGCCAUCGUUAUCUAGAAAUAAUAGAAGAGACUUUUAAACAGGUCAUUACAUCCUAAACUUGACUACUUGGCUCAGAAGGGACUCAAAAUUCAUGAUUUUGUUUCUGGGAGGUUCUUUUUUUAUUUUUGUAAUCAUUAACUGGUAAGAAAAUUGCAUCCCUUUUGUUCUCGGAUUCAAGUACCGAUGCAGUUCACGAGUGUGAAGUGCUUUGGCAUCCUAGCUCUAUUGUGUGAAAUCUAAACUCUACCGAGCUGGGGAAGUCGUAGCCUUCUCAUCAAGUAGAAAAUGCCAGCAAAAGUUACGAUGCCGUCACAGCAAGGUGGCCUUCACUCCAAGCCUUGUCUCAGCUCUGCCACCAACUGAGACCUUGGGUAGUCACCGCCUUGCCUGUGUCUCUGUGGAUAUCUGUGAACAUUGUCAUCGUGCCUCUGGGUGGAGAGGCUUAGAGGAAGAUGCUCUAAGUCAUGGUUUUAACAACAUAGAGUCACUUAUUCAUUUAGAUAAAAUCUAACUUUUGGAACUUUAAAAGCUUUGUACAAUAUAGAUAGAUUUAAUGUAUUUAAAAUGUUAUAUUGGUAUUAAGCUACAAUAAAGGAUUUUAAAAUUUUGUGAAAUUUAAAGAAUUCCUUAGUUAAUACAUGAAUAUACUGUCAUUCUUUAAAAGUUUUCAAGCAAUACUCUGCCUCCCCACCCCACCCCCUCUUGUUCGUGUUCCAGAGAUAAGUACUGUAUUUGGUGUGUAUUCUUCCAGGCUAUUUUCCAUGCCUUUACAGAUGCAUGCAGCAGAGACUGCUGCUGUAAUGUCUGUUUUCCCCUUCUCCUUUACUGAUAAGAUUCCUGCUUUUCACCUGGACACGUGGCUGCUCAGGUCACGACUCUACUUGCCAGCCUCCCUUAUGGUUAAUUGUGGCCACGUGACCAGGCAAUGGGCUACAAAGAAAACAUCCAGACUGGGCCCUUAAAUAAGGAAUUGGGUGUCCACUCCAUUCGACAUUCCCCUUUGUGCUGGCUGAGACGCCUGUGGGAGCUUAAGCAGAGACAUGAGGUGGGGAGAAGUCGUGUGCUGAGGAUGGAGACGUUGGCCUGCCAGUCCUGAACUGCUUCCCUUUCACCCGUUAACUUAAGAGCAAAAUAAA